AUGCAGCCAGGCCUCGCUCACCUGCUCUUUGUGAGUGAGGGGUCCGAGGCACAGACCCGGCUGCCCCUGGCAUUGGCUGCGGAGGCGGUGGGGGCGGCUGCGGCGCUGACCUGGCGCAAAGUGCUGCUGGGCGUGGUGGAAAACGGUGAUGGCAGCGGCGGCAACGGCAGUUGCGUCAUGCGCAUGGCUGAGGUACAGCUUCGGCAGCGGGGCAAUGUCAGCGCCGCGCUGAAGUGGGCGCGGCGGGCGCUGCACAUCUGGUUUGCAGCCACCACAGUCGGCCGGCUUGGCGACGGGAUACAGGAGGUGCACGAGAACAGCGCCUGCCGCCCCUUCUUCUUCAUGUGGCGCGACAUGCUGCAGCUGGCUGGAGAGGGGCACGAUCCCCAGCAGCUGCUGGGCGUCAGCCACGCCGUCUGGCUGAGCAGGCGCUAUCAGUGCCUGGUGCAGCGCUUCAUGGUGCUGCAGCUCGAGGAGGCGGGCGCCACGGCGCCCCCGGGCGGGGCCCUGGGGGAGGCGGCCUGGGCGGCCACGCUGUCGGCGGUGGAGGCGCGCUCCUGGAGCCCGAAGCUGCUUCGGGUGCGGUCGGGUCGUGGCUUUGAACAGACGUCCUCCUGCAUAAGCCGAUACGAGUUCCUUCGCAAUGCACUUGGCGUGCCACCGCCGGAUGGCGGCGCCAUGGACUUUUACUACAAGUACUGCGGCAACACCGAGACCCUCGGUCCGGGGGAGGACCCCUGGUGGCAAUACAUUGCCGCUGAGGUGGACGUGCGGCAGUACAGCGACGGCUGUCAAUCAGCCCUGGCUGAGCGGCUGCUGCGACCCACGCCCGACUCGUCACCCCUGCCAGCUGACAAGGCCAGUGGUCCCCUGGGCAGCGUGGGCAGCGAGCUGACCAGCGGUGGACUGCGCGUGUUGUCAUGCAUGGGACUGGCCCUGUCGACACUGCCAUUCCGGAUAGGGGAUCCCAUCAUCAAGGCGCGCUGUCUCAUCGAAACGGGCGUUUUUGAGGCGUGCGCGAUUUCAGUGCGCAGCAAAGGCGCCCCGGUUGUGUCGUGGCUCGUCCACGCCGCUGAGGCUGCGCUGUGCGAGGACGGGGCCGCUGACGGCCUCAGCGAGUGGGAGCGGCUGGUGCUGCAGUGCUUUGUAUCGUUCUCCACCUGCCUCCUGUGCAUCACCCUGGACGAGUGCCUGGUAGCUUUUGAUCCCGCACACGGGGCAGCCACCGCAGCUGCCAAGCGCGGCCUCAAUCCCGACAAGGCGCGAGCCGCUGGGUUGCGCGCGUGCAUGAUCAUCCUGGACAUGGCAGCUGCCAUCCUUGCAGUCCGCCAUGUUUCAGGACGCUCGGAUCUGUUGCUGCAGCACGGCCCGCUUUCUAGCAGUGUGCAACUUCGGCCAUUGUACCAAUCCAUGUUGGAGCCGGGCGAGGGCGGUGAGCUGCGCAACAUCCUGCUAGCCUUAGCGCUGCGUCGCGCGUGCAGCGACCGCACCGCCGCCGGGCCGCUGGCGGAGGCGCUGAUUGGCGCGGCCUGGGCAGCAGGCAGGCUCGCGGUGGCCACGCUGCUGCUGCGCGUGGCAUGGAGCAACGGCGCGCUCCGACCACCGCCCUGCGGCCGCGCUGUGGGCGCCCUGGCUUCCAGCAUGGCGCUGCUGCCGGACGUUCGGCUGCGGGCGCAGUGGGGCCUCGGCCUCCUGCAGCUGGCACGGGAUGGCACACUGCCCCCCGGCUUGGCAGGGGCCCCAGAGAGCGCUGGCACCGCUGCGGAGGAGCGCCAGCGGCGGAGGAGCCCGCUGCCGGGCGCGCCGGUGGUGCUUCCUCAUGCGGCGGCGGCUGCGCUGCUGCAGCUGGUGGCUGAGGACAGUUUGGCCGCUGCCGCCGAUGUGGUGGCUGCAUUUACGUUUGUCACCAGCCCACAAGGCGGCGGCCUGCCUCUUAGUGCGAUAGGCCCUGGCAGCGUACAAACAGCUGUGACGGCUUUCGCGGCACAAGGCAAGCACGAGACUGCGUGGCAGCUGGUGCAGCAGGCCGGCGGCUGCGGCACAGGAGCGGCAGCAGGGGAUGGUGUAGGCGCCAGCCUGCUGACCCAGCUUAUCGCAGUGUGGGAGGCGCUGCCCACACAGUGCUUGCCCGCCCCUGUGCUGCGCGGGGCGGCCGACGCGGCGGCGACGGCGGGCUCAGGCCCGCUGGCAGGGCGCUUGCUGGGCCUGCUGGCUGCGGCCGAGGGCUCCAGCUUGGAGGCGGCAGCACUCAGCUUGAGCAACGCGGCCCUGACGGGGCACCUGCUCUCGCAGCUGGAUGCGGGCGCCAGGUCAGCGGCGGCGCUGGGGGCGGCUGCAGACUUGGCAGAGGCAAUCACCGAGGCGUGUCGGCAGCUGCCUCCUGGCACAUGGGCGCAAGUUCUUGCGCUUUGCGGUGGCGGCUCCGCAGCGGGCGCCCGGCUGGCGCUCCGGGCUCAAGAGCAGCUACUCUCAGAGGCGGUUGCUGCGGUUGAGGCAGUAGACCGCAGCGCCGGCAGCAACGACAGCAUUGCGCCGGCGGGCCAGCCGCUUGCCGACGCGCUACUGGCUGCGCUGGCAUCGCCGCUGGUGUCAAAAGAGGCCGGGUGUGCCGACGACGCCGCUGCAGCGGCGGCUGCGGCGGCAGCAGAGGCGGAGCCGCGAGACCAGCAGCGGCUGACGGCGGGCUGGGCGGCAGCGGCGCAGCGCGCAGACAACUUGAGGGCGCACCUUGCGACGCUCUGCGCCGAGGCAGCCGAGGCGUCGCCGGGGCAUUGGCUGCGGUUUCCCUCAGGCUGCGGGCGGCAGGACGAGGCGGCGGCGCGGCGGCUGGCAGUGCUGCUGUGUGCGUCUACGGGGCUGUCGGGGGCGGCGGUUCAAAUGUACCAGGAGUUCCGGCAGGCGGGCGGGCAGCCUGAGCUGGAGGGGGGCCUGCUGGAGGCGGCACUGGGGGCGGCGCACGAUGCGGGGGCUGAGGCGGCGACCGGGUCUGCAGCUCCUACUGCCAUCCUGCGCACCGCCCAGUCCCUCUGCCCCCCUGGCACCACCUGGAUACCCAGCAUUCCCAUGGCAUGGCGCGCGUUCUUCGCCACGCUCACCAGCAGUGCCGCCCACAGCGCAAACGGGGGCGAGCGCGAGGCGGCCGCGGCGGCAGUGGGGGCGGUCGAGGCGCUGCUGCUUGACAGCGACGCCCUGUGGUCAGCGGGGGGCCAGGUGGCCGCCCUGCCCUCACAGGCGGUCGCAGAGGGCCUGCGCGCGCUCGUGCCAUGGACACCUGCCGCGCCGGCGGGCGCGGCGGCCGCAGCGCGGCGGCUGCUGACCACGUGCGAGCUGCGGGGCGGGCAGCAGCAGCAGCAGCCGUCCCAGGCCCCAUCACCUGCCCAGCGCGGCGGCUCGCCAGGCGGCAGCGGCAAGCGCAGGGGUGCAGCUGCUGGAUCGCACUCGUCCCGUGCGGCAGGCAUUGCCGCCCUGCGGCCUGCUCUGCCCGACGCUGAUGGCGGCAUCUACACGGCAGCUGCCGCCGUGCUGGCUGCGGCUGACGACCUGGCAGGAGCUGUGAAGCUGCUCGCACCGCUCAUCUCUGGUGCCAAGGGGCAUGCAGGUUUAUGCGGCGACAGUAUUGGCUCUUCCAAUGCUCGGCAGCAGCAGCAGCAGCAGCAGCAGCAGCAGCAGCAGCAGCAGCAGCAGCAGCAGCAGCAGCAGCAGGUGGCCGCUGAGCUGCUGCACAUGCUGCCUCCAGGCCGCCGCUCUGCGGCCGCGGCACCGGUCCUGCGGCUACUGGCUGCGGGGGGCGUGGGUGCGGUCACGUCACCUGCCCUGGUGGAGGCGCUGACAGGGGAGGACCUGGAUGCUGCAUCCGAGGCUGAAUUGGCAGAGGCGUUUGGGAACGGCUUCGUGGAUGAUCUGAUGAUGGCUGCAAUUGAGGGCCUGCCCGUGCUGGGCGGCGGCGAGGACGGCUCUGCGCAGGACGGCGCUGCGGCGUGCAGCCUGGCGCUGCGAGCCGGGGCGGCGGGCGGAGACGAGGGCAGCAGCCGCGAUGCGGCUUUGCGGGACUUGCUGCGUGCCGUUGGUUGA